CUUUACCCUUAGUUCUCUCCAGAACAUUCACUUGGACCCACAGGACUGCCAUCUCUCUCUCACCAUGAGGCUGCUCUCCCAGACGCUGUGUCUGUGUCUGGUCCUGGCCGUCUGCCACACCGCCCCUCCAAACCUUGAUGUCAUGUUGAAAGAUCAACCAGAGAAUCACAAACCCUGUCAUCAGCAUAAAGACAAGGUCAAGGGAAAAAGUCCUGGAGGGCAACCUAUGCCGGGGGCCUUCGUGCCCCAGUGUAAUGAGCAUGGCCAUUACGAACCCUUGCAGUGUCACGGUUCUACAGGCCACUGCUGGUGUGUGGACAGCAGGGGGGAGGAGAGAGCAGGGACUAGGAAAGGCCCUGGCAGUGGAAAGCCCAACUGUGAUGUACCAGAUCAACCGGAGAAUCACAAACCCUGUUGGCAGUAUAAAGACAAGGUCAAGGGAAAAAGUCCUGGAGGGCAACCUAUGGCGGGGGCCUUCGUGCCCCAGUGUAAUGAGCAUGGCCAUUACGAACCCUUGCAGUGUCACGGUUCUACAGGCCACUGCUGGUGUGUGGACAGCUUGGGGGAGGAGAGAGGAGGGACUAGGAAAGGCCCAGAAUGUGGAAAGCCCAACUGUGAUGUACAAGGCAACGUGACUGAAGACACGAGGAGGGAGAGCUGCAGCCAGGCGCCCCUGGACGCUGUGACGUCAGUCAACCACAACAAAACCCUGGCCUUCCGAGGUGACAAUUACAUGCAGAUAGAUCAACAGAGCUGUGAUGGGUGGCGUGCUUUCCCUAUCGUCGACUCCUUCAAGGAUCUUCACGGGAAUGUGACCGCAGCUUUCUCUUACACUGGCCAGCUGCACUUGAUUAAGGGAGAGCAGGUGUUUGUCUAUACCUAUAAUGGGGAGCAGUUUGAGCUGGUCGAGGGGUUCCCGAAACCCCUGAAGGACGAGCUGGGCAUCAAUGGCCCACUGGAUGCUGCCUUUGUCUGUGGAGAAGAAUCUGUUCUGCACGUAAUCAAGGGGAAGCAGAUGUUCGACGUUGAGCUGACCGCCACGCCCAGAGGAGUGGUCGGGGAGGUCCCCCUGCCCUUCCAUAAGCUGGAUGCUGCCACAUGCAGUCUGAAGGGCAUCACGGUAUUCGUGGGGCCGGAGCACUUUAAGUACACGAGCCCCAUGAAUCUGGCGUUCAGCAGGAUUAGCCCAAUACCACACAAGACCUCGCUGAAGAUGUUUGGCUGCAGUCACUAGAGGUCCGGCGUCAGUCAGUCACAUAGCCAGUGUCUGGAUUACUUGACGUCCACGAGCUCUAACUCUGACGUCUACCUAAAUCCCACAUCAUAUUCAAUGGUAAUUAUGUAUGAAAACGGUACAUGCGCAAGUUAUGGUUCGUCCUGAUAAUUAGAUGUGGCACCUGGCUUGUAGGUUUUAGUGCGUUGUCUUGAAGAAUAAAACAAAAUGUUGAUGUUAUGUUUUUAACCUUAAAGAAUGAUCCAUACCCCCACUACUCCAAACAAGUGGUUUUCCAUCUGACAUUCACAAGGCAUUUGUAAUGAACAUCGCUAACCUGGUGGUAAAUUCGGUUUAGCCAACAACCUAUUGCUAUACAGACUUUUUAUAAAUGUCCAACAGUGAUAUAUUCAGUGAUACUUUCAUAAAUGUCCAACAGUGAUACAUCCAGGGAUACUUUCAUAAAUGUCCAACAGUGAUACGUACAGUGAUACUUUUAUAAAUGUCCAACAGUGAUACGUCCAGGGAUACUUUCAUAAAUGUCCAACAGUGAUACGUACAGUGAUACUUUUAUAAAUGUCCAACAGUGAUACGUCCAGGGAUACUUUCAUAAAUGUCCAACAGUGAUACGUCCAGGGAUACUUUUAUAAAUGUCCAACAGUGAUACGUAGCGUAAUACUUUAAUAAAUGUCCAGCAAGCUUCAAUAAAUGUCCAACAGUGAUACAAACACGAACAGUA